GUAAAAUUAAUUAAAUAUAGUUGAUGAAUGAUAGAAAAGUUUGAUACCAUUUUGAAUUUUGUUUAAAUGAUAGUAAUAAAAAAAAUCCAAAUUAUGUUUCUACAUCCAAAUAUAAUAAUAUAUAUAUAGGCUUCUGAAUCUUAAAAAAUAAACUCAUAAAAAUAUACUUCAAUAUACUCUAUGAAGGGAUAAAUGACAAUGUUGAAGUCACAGCAUAAUAUUAUAGUUUGGUUGUUGUUCAUCGCAUUCACCACAAUAACUACUGUUUCAUUAAUCUCUUGCAAAAAUAAUGGUGAUGACAUCAUUAACUUAGAAUUAAUCCAUCGAGACUCGCCAAAAUCUCCAUUCUAUUCUUCUUCACAAACCCAUUGGCAACGCUUAUCCAUGGCCCUUGAACGAUCCACCCACCGCACCAACCACUUGAUCUUAACCAAAAAGAAGAACAAAAACAACAUCAGUACUACUACUACUACUACAACUACUAGUGCCGGCCAAUCUGAGUUAUUCCCCAGCAGAGGAGAAUAUCUAAUCAACAUCUCUAUAGGUACACCUCCUUUCCCAAUUCUAGCCAUUGCUGACACAGGAAGCGAUCUCAUCUGGACCCAAUGCCACCCAUGUCCCCAUUGUUUCACCCAAAAGGGUCCUCUGUUUCGACCCGAAUCUUCCUCAACUUUCCACCUUCUUCCUUGCAAAUCCGAACAGUGUAUGUACUUGGAUAAGCAAAGUACCUUAUGCAAUAUUUCAGACUCAUCACCACCAUCACCACCCUGCCGUUACACAUACUCCUAUGGAGAUUCCUCUUACACAAACGGAACACUGGCCCUCGAAACUCUCACCUUCUCUUCUUCUUCUUCUUCUUCUUCUUCUUCUUCUUCUUCUUCUUCUUCUUCUUCUUCUUCUUCUUCUUCUUCUUCUUCUUCUUCUUCUUCUUCGUCUUCAUUCCCCAACAGAAUUUUCGGGUGCGGGUUUCGAAACGGAGGUGAUUUCAGCGGGCUCGAGUCUGGAAUCAUUGGACUAGGAGCUGGGAAACUCUCUCUCAUUUCUCAAAUGGGUUCUUCCAUUAAUGGCAAAUUCUCUUACUGUUUGGUACCUGAGUCAUUAUCAACACCAUCAUCAUCAUCGAGUAAAUUGUAUUUUGGUGGUUCGAGUUUGGUUCCAGGUCCUGAGGUAUCAUCUACUCCUUUACUAAUAAAUACUAAUGUUCAAAAUUACUAUUAUCUAGCACUUAAAGCUGUCAGUGUUGGGAGUAUGAAAUUUGAUUUGGCAAGUUCAUCAAAGAAAGGUGGUAACAUGAUUAUAGAUUCAGGGACCAUGCUAACUUAUUUGCCUACCAAGCUAUACAAAGCAUUGGAAACGAUUAUGAUAAAGUCGAUAAAGAAUUUGGAGUUUGGUAAAGACCCAAAUGGGUAUAUGAGUCUGUGUUACAAGACCAAAUCGGAUGAUAUAAUGGGUGCUGCUGAGGUGAUCACUCUUCAUUUCGAGGAGGGAGGAGAUCUGGAGUUGAAGAGUGUGAACACGUUCCUUAGAGUUACGGAAGAUGUUUUGUGCUUUGCGUUUGGGCCAACUGAUGAGGAUGAUCUUCUCAUCUUCGGUAAUGUGGCUCAGGCCAACUUUUUGGUGCAGUAUGACUUAACUCAAAAAGUUUUAUCGUUUAAGUCCACUGAUUGUACCAAAUAGUAUAUUAAUGGAGAUUAUAUAUCUAUAUCUAUAUAUAUUUUAGAGAUUACAAUGAAAGAAAAAAAAAAAAAACCAUCUUUAAAGCAUAAAAAGAUGGCGGAAGCAAGUUAAUUUCUGUUUUUCUAAAAUGAAAUAAUUCAAAAUUAAAUUAUCUCUUAUGGCUUGGAAUCAUCAUUCUAUAUAUUAUAUUAUGGGGUCUUAUGUAAUCCCUCACUAUCACUUGAGGAAUUUGACAACUUAAAUAAGACAAAGUUUAUGAAUUGUAUCAGCAAGUUAUACAGUUCAAUUUUGCUUGCAAUAAGAGAUUACUGUGUAAUUAAAUACAUAAAAAUAUUGUUUCAUAAAUGUUGCUUCAAUAUAUAUAACAUUAUUUUAUUAGUUUUUUUUGGGAGGACAAGAUUGUAAAAGUAUAUUUACGGAGAGCAUCUUCAAUAAUAACAUUUUUUAAUGAUGUUAAAAAAUCUACACAUCAUCUAAAAAUAUAAUACUUUAUUUUAUUCUUUUUCUACAUUACUUUUGACACUCGUACUCCUAAAAACACUCUAAUGUAUAACACUCUUCAAAAAUGCU